AGUCAUUGGUCCUCCAGCAUACAGUCUCCAACCCAUCCAUCGUAAAAAUGGCUGCCUCGGCGGCAGCGGCGGGUUCUUCCCCCGGGUUGUGCCCAAGCUUCGCCGUGAUCUGCUCUUUUUUAGAGCGCUAUGGAGCCCUUUUGGAUCUGCCCGAGCUUUCAUUCCCGCAGCUGGAGCGAUGUCUGCAGGAAACGUCCACAGUUCCUAAGCUGCUGGUAGACCUCCAUGUGAAGUUGCUUCGGAAAAUAGGCAAGUCCGUAUCUGCAGACAGAUGGGAGAAAUAUCUUGUAAAGAUCUGCCAGGAUUUCAACACCACCUGGGCAUGGGAACUGGAGAAGAAGGGAUAUCGUGAGAUGACCGUGGAGUGUAAGACUGGAAUUCUCAAGUACUUGUGCGAAUGCCAGUUUGAUGACAACGUCAAGUUUAAGACGGCCAUCAAUGAAGAAGACCCUGAUAAAAUGCGUCUCCAGCCCAUCGGCAGAGAUAAAGAUGGCCUCAUGUAUUGGUUCCAGCUUGACCAGGAUCACAACGUGAGGGUGUACAUGGAGGAGCAGGAUGAUUUAGACGGCUCAUCCUGGAAAUGUAUAGUUAGGAACAGAAAUGAUCUGGCACAGAUUCUUGAACUCCUGAAGACCCAGAUCGAUCCCAAACUGUUGGUCAAAAAGGAUCAGGAAGAAGGUUCAUGUAGCACCAGCCCAAACGAAGAGACUGAAGAAAACAAGAAAAAAGAGGAUGAUGGAGAGACUAAGAAAGACGAAUGUCUGGAUGAAGAGAAAUCUCCCAAAACUGAUCAAGAUGAUCCUGAAAAAGAUGUCACCUUAGCACAAACUGACAGUGCAAAGCAGGAACAUGCAGAAGGAAAAGAAGCACUAACGGACAAAGACACUAAAGAAGAUAUAGGAUCCGAGAAGCCCCUUGCAGUCGAGGGAAUCGUUACCAAAGCAGUCAAAGAGGAGCCCAUGGAAGAAGACAAACCAAUCAACAACAAAUCCGAGCCCACAUCAGAAAAGACUGCUGCACCACUGCCAUCAGAACACACAGGGGAGGAGAAAAAGAAAUCAGACGAGAUACAGAAAGCUCUGAAAAAUGACCAACAGGCGAAAAUGCCCCUGAAAAAACGUGAGAUGAAACGAAGUGAGGAUUUUGACACCACCAAUUGUGGAAGCGGUGGCAGCAGUAUCAUUGUGCGUAACCCAGCCGUUAAAGAAGUUCGGCCCACCGGUGAGGAUAACGGAUUGAGCAGUGAGAAUCAUAACGGGAAUGUCUCGCCUGCCGUAGCAGCAGAGGGCAGCAGCCAAGCGAGCAACAACUUGCAGAUAAAGCAAACAGGAUCGCAAGCUAUUCCUAAAGAUCAGCAAGCAGAUGUCAAGGAAACAAAAAAGCUUUCUGACAAAAAACAAGAAGAGAGACAUGAAGAAACGCAGGAGAAAGAGGAUGCAACGACGGCUAAGAGCCAGGCUAGCAUGGAGGAAUCCAUGGAUGUGGAGGAUCCUGCAGUUUCAACAGGGGAUCAAGAAACCUCACCAAAAUGUAAAGAAACGGCUCAAACAACUGAAAAGGCAUGUGAAGUGAUCUCUGAAGUAAUCCCCUCACAAGCGGGUUCGGAAAACGCUGACGGGUCGGACAAGAUGGAAAUUACGGAAGACUGUUCAAAACCUCUCGAUAAGGAAGCACCUGAGAAUACUUGUGUGAUGAAACCUACGCACGAUGCUGAGAAUGAGAAGGAUCCAGAGACCUUAAAAGAAACUCCAUGUCCUAACGAGACAGAUCUGGAUCAGAAGCGAGAAGAAGUAAACCUUGAGUCUGGUGAUGCAGCCUCGAACGAGAAAGCAGAUGCUGCAAAAGAUGAUAAAACACAGAUGGGGACUGAGGCCCCCAUGGAGACUGAAACAUCUACAUCACAAGACUCUACAAAACAGCAAAGCCAUGCUCAUGAACAGAGCGGACUAGAUCUCCAAAAAGCAGACAAGCCUUCUUCAUGUGAAGAAAACAAAAGUCCUGACGGUGAAGCAUCUUCUACAACUCUAGAGGACUGUGCCUUAUUGGAUGGUGAUAAAAAACCUGAAUCAAGUUCCACAAAGCAGAGCGACACACAGGAGCAACCUAAAGAGGAUAUAAUCCCAGUUAAGGAAACCCAAGAAUCUGAACCAUUAAAGGAAGAUAAGAAAUUAACUGAAGAUUCAGAUGUAUCUAAGGAGAAGGAAAACCCAUCCUCGCUAAAGGAAAACAAGAAGACUGAAAACUGUGAAACAUCAACGGUGUGUGAAGAGACAAAUGCAGAAACUGCAACCAAAGAAUCUAUAAAAUCAGAGCAUGACCGGAUGUCUGAUAAUACUGCCAUGCCAGAUACAGAAGGAUCUGAUUCAGUUGCUAUCCAGAAAGAAUCAGGAGCAGAUCAGGAGAAACAGGAUGCCAUUAUAACGACAGAUGAAGCUCCUUCUCCUGCAGUAUCCAAAACAGAGAAAGCAGUGAACGAGGAGAAGACGGUGGAAGUUACUACAGCAGACACCAAGGAUAACGACACAAACCCAGAUAAUAAAGAGGGAACGGAACAGAAAGUGGCACUUCAAAGAGAUCCUUCUGAUGCCACGUCAAACGUUUGUGAUGCUGAACCUCAAAAGGAAGCUUGCAGUGAGAAGAUCGUGCAGGACGAGCAUCCAGUGGAGGAGAGCAAGGCUUCUACAGAGGAAUCCAGCGAGGACCAGAAAGAACACAGUGAACAGAAAAGCACUUCCGAGAAGGAGGCUUGCCUCAGUGGCGAACCCACAGCAGAUCAGACUCAAGCAAAGGAAGAGACGAAGACGAGUAAAGGAGAAGCAGAAGAGAGCAAAGCGGGGCCUGAAGUACACCAAGAAGGAAUUCGUCUGAAAAUCAAGGUCCCAGCUCACAGACGGAGGGCAGAGGUGCAGCGAGAAGAGGGAAAGGGUGACUCGGAGUCUGAGGCAAGCGAAGGGAGAUGUCUAAGGCGCUCGCCCAGGAUUUGCAGACCAACAGCCAAGCUGGUAGAAAUCCAAGACCGGAAGGUGGACAAGAAACAGGUCACGCCUUCAGUCGAGAAGGAGAAAGAAGAAAAUCAAGAAAAGGAGGGAGAAGAAAACACAGUGCAAAAAAAGCCAAGAGAGAAGAAGGUUGAGCAAGAAGGUCAAGCUAAACCAAAGGGAAGACGCCAGAGGCGGGUGCGAUGGUCCAGGUUGCGGACACGACGCAAAAAGAAAGGUUCCGAGGAAGACGAGGACGAGGAUGCGGAGAGCUCAAGUGAAGAAGAGGUGACCGAGGAAGACGACAGUGAUGAGGAUUACCAGGUGGAGAAAAAAAAGAGAAGGAGGAACCGCAACAAAGAGAGGAACAGCUCUGAUACUUCUACGUCUUCUUCAGAUGACCUCCCACCAAAUGAUGACCCCUGCAAACACUGUGGCCUGCCUAACCAUCCUGAGCUGAUUCUGCUGUGCGACUCCUGCGACAGCGGCUAUCACACAGCGUGUCUCCGGCCUCCUCUCAUGAUCAUCCCUGAUGGCGAAUGGUUCUGUCCGCCGUGCCAGCAUAAACUGCUUUGUGACAAGCUGGAAGAACAAUUACAGAAUCUAGACGUGGCACUUAAAAAGAAGGAACGUGCUGAGCGAAGGAAAGAGCGUCUGGUCUACGUUGGGAUCAGCGUCGAAAAUAUAAUCACGCCUGUUGUUGAAGCAGAGGAAGAAAAACAAGAAGAGGUUGUGAAAGAAAAGAAGAAGGAGGUCAAGAAAAAGUCCUGGGGCCGAAGAUCAACCAGGGCCAAAAAAUAUAUAAGCUACAGGUUUGAUGAGUUUGAUGAAGCUAUCGAGGAGGCGAUUGAAGAAGAUAUCAAAGAGGCAGAGGGAGGAGGAGCAGGCCGUGGUAAGGACAUGGCUAAUAUCACAGGCCUCAGAGGGAAGGACAUGUCCAUCAUUUUGCAGGAUGAAGGAAAAGAAAAUGGGAGGGCCAAGCGUCCAAAUGCUGCACAGCGGCGGAAAAAACGGCGGCGCCUCAACGACCUGGACAGCGACAGCACCAUGGACGAAGAGGAGAGCGAGGAAGAGUUCCGCCUCAGUGAAAGCAGUGAGGAGGAGGAUUUUUUGGCGUCCGAUAAUGACGUGGAGAGUGAAGCAGAGGCAAAGUCCUUUGACGACAGCGACUUCGGCAGCGAUGGCCAAGGACCAAUUACAGGCAACUUUCCUUCCAGGCGGAGGCCGAAUAAACGGUGGAAGACGCGACCCCGCAGGCGACACAGACCCAGAGGUUACUCUGAUGAUGAAGAGCUAGAGGAGACUGAGGAGGAGGAGGAAGAAAUAGUGACCGAGGGUUCCAGUGAGUUUAGUGACAGCGACCUGGACAUGCGCAGACGCCGUUCCCAUCGGAGCCAGAAAAAACAGGUCAACUACUGCGAGGCGUCUGACUCUGAUGCCUCCCAGGGCAGCACCAACAGGGACAAAGCCAAGAAGCGCAGGCGCUUAUCCAGCUCCGAGAGCGAUGCGAGCUUCCACUCCAUGGAAUCUGAGGAGGAAGAUGGAAAGAGUAAAAAGCAGAGAGUCGUCCUUUCCGAAGAGGAGUCUCGCAAACGACACAGGCGGCUGUCACUGAAGCGCAGGAGGGAGUCCGAGGACGAUGACGACAACAGCAGUGAUUCAGAUGAUUCCGAGGAAGAAGAGCGGCCCGUCCGAAAGCGGGUAAACCGCAUCGACUCUGACGACAGUGACGAGGAGGAGGCAGAGAAGGAGAAGAAGAGCACAGAGAAAGAGGCAGAGGACACCGUAGUGAAAGGGGUCAGCCCUCUAGACUAUAACCUGGAAAUUUCUCCUACUAACGGACAGAGCCCUAUGAAAACUCUGGAGGGUUUGAUCUCACGGCCUGCCACUGGCAUGGCUAACCCUACACUUAUGAGUCAGAUAGGGCUGAAAAACAGCAGUACACCACAGCCCGUGUCUGUCGGCGCCAAUGGCCUGGUUGUCCAGGAGAUGGCGCCGCAGGAUGAAGACGAGGAUGACCUUUUGGGGGUCACAGACCUUGUAGACUAUGUCUGCAACAGUGAACAGUUGUAAGACAUGUCAUUUUAUUAAAUGUUUUUUUCAGAGUAAUUUUGUCUCUCCAUUUGUGGCCAAGUUCCCAUUACGUUUCUCAGUUUUAUCCUUUUAUUGUUUUUGCUUUUGUCUCAUUGCCACGCUCCACACAGAGCUCCUUACAGCACGCUCAGUGUUCCGCAAGAAACAGUGAUGAUCCUGGGGAUGUAGUGAGCAGGGUACUGGAGUCUUCAGACUCAAUGUUGCUUGCUAUUUCAAUCCAUCUAAGCUACCGCAUGAAGGUCAUGUUGGCCUUCGUGUUAGUCACAGGUAGAUGUAAAUAACUUCACCAAACGGAGAUGUCGUCAGUGGGCCCAUCGUUAAAAGAUUGCCGAAGACGGUUUUAUUUUUUUAACCUUUGUGAAUAAUAUACCAAGCCUCUGCAAAACAUAGAACCUUUUUGAGCAUCUAUUUUACACUAAUGUAGCCAUUUCUUUUCAGAAAAUCAGUAUCGUUGACAUUUGUUUUUUUUUUUUUUUUUUUUUUUUUUUUUUUUUUUUGCUUUGUUGUCGGAAAGUACCCAUGUGUUAUUGUUCUACACUGUUAUGGAUUUGUUGGGGAGGUUGGGUUGGGAUAUCAAAAGUUAAACCGAAUGAAAACAUAAAGGAGCCGUCAGGAAAUGCAUCCGAGCCAAGGACAUGACAUGGUUACCAGCUUUUCUUAUAACCAAAUCUCUUCUGACUGUUAAGAAAUCCAUCUACUAGAUACUUAGAUACUCUAUACUGUACUAUUACUACUAACUCCACUUCCUUUUUUUUUUUUUUUUUUUGUCGUCAAAUAUACAUCUGGUUUGAAGCUGGUUGAAUUUGUUUAAGGAACACAUCGUAUCUAAUUAAAAGCCUAAGCUUGGUUUUGUUGGUUUUAUUAUUUAUUCGUUGAAAUUGUUAUUUAACUAAUUGCAGUUCAAUCAUAUAUGGAUUCAUGAGGGCAACAAGUGAGAAUUCUUGGGAUUUCACAAUAUGAAAAAUCCAAAAUAUUUUGAUGAAUUAGGGACUUUGUUAAAAAAAAAAUGCUCCAUUAUUUGGUCUUGUGCUUUAUUCUAAUGCUAUGCUAUUUUAGAGGCAGUUUCUUUCCCCUGCAUUUUUAUAGAAUCUAGAAGAACAAACACUAUGGCAGCUCGUCAGUGCAUCGAAGGCCAACUUGAAAAAGUGUCAGUUGUGAUCCAUAUCACCGUGUAUAUGUGUAAAACUUGAACUGUUCAGAACAAAAACCUUUUUCUUAUUUUUCCCUUCUUAUUUUUUAGUGAUUUUUUUCUUAAGGGUGGGUCCCAUUUAUCCUUCUAAACAAAGUGUUUUAUGUUGUUUAAUGUAUUAUCUGUGGAUUCCAUGCAAGUUAUAUUCAUCUCCAUUUUAAUACAAGUAUUUAAUAAAAAUAAAAAAAGGGGGUGUCUUUUCACUUUUUUUAUUUUUUAUUUUUUUUGAAUGUCAAGAUCCAUCACAGCAUCUCUCGACACCCUGUGUUCCUGUUUUGCUCUUAUCCUGCACUAUAUAUUAACAUGUUAAGUUGUUUAUACAUACCCACACAGACUAUUACUAUUUUUCCUUCAAUAUCUGAGCAAUAUAUUUUUCUUGUUAACAAAAUGUAUGGAAAUGUUCACUGUCCACCAAGCUACUGUUAUGAUCUCUCUCCUACCUUUGUGGGGGUGAAGGCCCCCCUGUGGUGACAUUAAAAUAAGUCAAACACUAUGUUGACUAACCUGCAAUCAAAACCUUCCUGUUUUUUCAGCACAGAACAGAUUAUGUUGGGGGAAAACAAAUGUAAUGGUUUGUAACGUUGGUAGGAAAAGACUUUUGGAGUCAGUGGGAACGAGUAAUGAACAUAGGAAAUGUAAAAUAUGAUGUUACCCUUACGUGUACUAUAUCUGUAGUUUUUUUUUUGCUGUAACAUAGUUAGAAGCAUUUUUAAAUCAUCUGAAUUAUAUAUAUUUAGCAGUCCUUUAUGAUUGCACCUGUUUAUAGUUUCUUUUUUGUAGUAGGUUGUGUAACUUUUGUACAAUUUUCAAGUGUCUAAAGUGAAUUACAGCAUGUUCGUUCUGUCUGAUGUGAUUCUUAUUCAUUUUUCUCUUUCUUUCUUUCUUUCUUUCUUUCUUUCUUUCUUUCUUUCUUUCUUUUUUUUUUAAUUUUAAAGAUAUUUUCUCCAAAGCUGGAUUCAUGGAUUGAACUCGUGUUGUUUAUGUUUUUUGUUUUUUGGUCUGUAUUAAUCCAAACUCUCACAUUAAUCACCUUUUUUUUUUCUUAAUCUUUCGUUGGUGGAAUUAUUUGUUUCACUGCUUGCUAGAACUUUGUACAUAUGUAAUCUGUUCUUAGAGGGAAUCCUGUGAGUAGGUGAGCUGUAACAGCUGGGCUCAGGAAAAAAAGGUGGUAACAAGAUAAAGAGCUUUGUAAAAUGUCUUGUAAAAUAACGUGUAAGCUUGGCAUGCUGAUCUCCUAAUCGCGUUCGUCUUUUGUCUUCAUUUUCUGUGUGCACAGCGUGAGACGCGUAGACCAUCAAGGCUAUAUCAGUUAGCGCAGUUUGACAUGCGGUGCCUGAGUAAGACCCCUGUAACCGCUGUGCUCCCUCAGAAUUAUUUGGAUACUGAAGAAGUCCUACAUUUUAAUUUUAACUAUAUAAAAUAUACUUAUCCUCUCCCCCUUUUUUUAAAACUAAAUGAAAGAUUACAUGAGGAAAGAAAGUUCGUGCCAAUAAACUGUCUGGUUUGUUUGUAGUUUGUGGCCUGGACAGAUGUGCACAUGAAGUAUGAUUCAGGCCUUAGCUUUUAGAUAUGUCAUCUGUCUCUGUUCUACUUUUUAUUUUACUUUAUUAAUUGUAUUGUAAUUUCUUUCAUAUAAAUACGAUCUUGUACAUUUGUCAUAAUAAAAGGGUACCGCACCAUUA